AUGGAUACCCCUUCAGGAGGGGGAAGAGAUUCCCGUUUUAGCAUGGGCUAUAAUAUUUCCUUAUUGAGCGGUGAAACAGCCCAAGAAAUAUACAAUAAUGCCGUUCAUAGUAGGCCUUCUACGUCUAUAACUUCUGGCCUUUCCAGGGGUUCGAUGUCCUUAUCGAGUUCAUGUGGUGCCGGCAUGCAAAGAGGAAUGAAACGAACAUCUUCUGAAGUGUGUUAUGAACAAGAUGGUAGGCAAAAUAUGGGUUUGUCUGGUGAUUGUGGUUCUGACAUUGUCGAUGACGGUUUCUCGCCCACACCCCAAAAAGGCUCGCCGCCAUCCAAUGGGAAGAAAACUAAAGGUCGUGUUAAGAUUAAAAUGGAGUAUAUCGACAACAAAUUAAGAAGAUAUACAACUUUCUCAAAAAGAAAGACUGGCAUCAUGAAAAAGGUAACAUAA